UCGUCGGCUCCAAUCCAAAACUCCACUCCACUCCUCGGACGGAUUCUAUCCAUCCACUUCGGCUGCCCGCCAUGGCGCCAACCGCCGCCGCCUUCCUCUUCCACGCCCCGCCGCCGCGGAAGCCCAUGCCGAGCAGCAGACGCACUACCACCAUCCUCUGCUCCUCCUCCUCGACGCCCUCCCUCUCCGACCAGCUCCAUCCGCUCUCCCGCACGCUCCUCGCCGACAAGCCCACACCGGCGGGGGCGGGCCAGCAGCAGGGCCGGCCCACGCCGGAGCCCACGUGGGUGAACCCAUCCAAGCCGCGGCCCACGGUGCUGUCCCUCAGCCGCCACCGCCGCCGCCCGGCCUCCUCCCACCCUUCCUCCGCCCCGCUCCAGCCGCUCAUCCGCGACCUCCGGGCGCUCCCGGAGGACGCCGACGUGGCCCCCACCCUCCGUGCCUUCUUCCCCGACGACGGCGGCCCGCCGUCCUCCUCCGACGCGCUCCUCCUCCUCAACUACCUCCACCCGUCCUGGCGCAAGUCGCUCUCCCUCCUCUCCUACCUCCGCUCCCUCCCUGCGGACGCCUUCGCCGUCGACACCAUCUUCUUCAACGUCGCGCUCAAGUCGCUCCGCGCGGCGCGGCGGUGGGCGGAGUGCGAGCGGCUGGCGCUCGACAUGGUCGCCUCCGGCGUCCCGCUCGACAACAUCACCUACUCCACCCUCAUCACCGCCGCGCGCCGGUGCCGCCAGUUCGCCAAGGCCGUCGAGUGGUUCGAGCGCAUGUACUCUCCCGGCGGCGGUGGCGUGCUCCCCGACGAGGUCACCUACUCCGCCGUGCUCGACGUCUACGCGCAGCUGCGGAUGAAGGAGGAGGUGCUCGCGCUCUUCGACCGCGCCAGGGGCAGCGGCUGGAAGCCCGACCACGUCGCCUUCGCCGUCCUCGCCAAGAUGUUCGGCGAGGCCGGCGACUACGACGGCAUCCAGUUCGUCUUCAGAGAGAUGAGGGAGGUCGGGAUCAAGCCCAACAUCUUCGUCUACAACGCGCUGCUCGAGGCCCUGGGCAAGACCGGCAAGCCGGGGCUCGCCCGCAGCCUGUUCGAGGAAAUGACCGCCGAGGGCGUCGAGCCCAACGCCCGCACGCUCACCGCGGUCGCCAAGAUCUACGGCAGGGCGCGCUGGGGCCGCGACGCGCUCCAGCUGUGGGAGCAGAUGCGCCAGAAGAAGAUCCCCGCCGAUAGCAUCCUCUGCAACACCCUGCUCAGCAUGUGCGCCGACGUGGGGUUGGUGGCCGAGGCCGAGCAGCUCUUCGAAGAGAUGAAGGACCCGGAACUCAGCGACGUGCCGAAGCCAGACAAGUGGAGCUACACGGCCAUGAUCAACAUAUAUGGGAGCAUCAAAGACGCAGACCGCGCGCUCCAGCUGUUUGCGGAAAUGCUAGCGGAGGGCAUAGAGCCCAACAUAAUGAGCUACACCAUUGUGAUCCAAUGCCUUGGCAAGACAAAUAGGAUACAGGAUGCGGCGGAGGUGCUCGAGGCAGGGCUGGAGAGGGGUCUCAAGCCCGAUGACCGGCUCUGUGGGUGCUUGCUCUCCGUUGUCGCUCUAAGCAGCGGGGACGAGACGGAGUUGAUGCUUGCUUGCCUUGAAAAGGUUAACAGAAAUUUAGUCAAGCUGAUCAGACUGCUAGGGGACGCCCAAGUGGGUGUCGAUGAACUCAAAGAGGAGUUAAAGGCUGUACUGAAUGCCGCAGACUCUGAAGUUCGCCGGCCAUACUGCAACUGUUUGAUCGACAUAUGCCAGAACCAUGGCUUCCCUGCUCACAGAUCAGGAGAACUCUUCCAUCUAGCCCAACACUACGGCCUGUACUCCAAGCUUCAUAUCAGAAAGGACGAGGAGUGGCUGCUGGACCUGCGAUCGCUCUCGGUUGGUGCAGCCAAGACGGCAUUCGACGACUGGAUGAAGACCAUCUCAGAGCGCUCCGCGCAGGGCAAGCCUUUGCCGGAGUUCUUCAACGUGUUCACCGGGUCCAGCACCCACAAGUUUGCGCAGGGGCUGGCGAGCGCCUUCGCGGUUCAUCUCGAGGAAACCGCGGUGCCGUUCCGGCCCAGCGAGUCUCAGGUCGGCAGCUUCGUCAGUUCGAGGGAUGAUUUGGUUUCGUGGCUGCAGACGAGCAGUUCAUCGUCAGUUGCCGCAUGUCUCUCUCUGCUUCAUCCUGCUUCGAUUCCACGCACGCGAGAAGGGGAGGAGGAGAUCGCUGAGACCGGACCGGAGCGCGAGAAGAUGAUACUCGCCGUGCUCUUCGCCAACUCCGACGGCAACAUCCUCAUCGAGAGGUUCCAUGGUGUCCCGGCGGAGGAGAGGCUGCACUGGCGUUCUUUCCUGGUGAAGCUUGGGUCCGAGAACCUCAAGGGGGCCAAGAACGAGGAGCUCCUUGUUGCCUCCCACAAGUCGGUCUCUAUUGUUUAUACCAUGAUUGGGGACGUCUGCCUGUACAUUGUUGGAAAGGACGAAUACGACGAGCUUGCUUUGUCCGAGGUGAUCUUUGCUGUCACAUCAGCAGUGAAGGACGUCUGCGGGAAACCACCAACCGAGCGCCUCUUCCUUGACAAGUACGGGAGGAUUUGCUUGUGCCUCGACGAGAUUGUCUGGAAGGGGUUGCUGGAGAACACAGAGAAGGACAGAGUCCGGAGGCUGAUUAGGCUAAAGCCGCCCGUGGAGCCAUGAUUUGGAAAAAUGGAAAUGGGCGGAUGUGCUGUGCUAUGCUGUGUGUAUCGCUGUAAUCAUACAUCUCUUUUAUGAGAACAAGAUAUUCACCUACUUCUACAUUCUUUUCUUGUCUCUUUAUGAGAAAAAAGAUUGUGGCUCUGCUCAUUCGGGGGUGCGGAUUAUUGUCGUGUUUACGUCCAAUGAUUUUCUGGCAUGUGAAAUUUUGUGUGCUUAAA